AUGAGCUGCCCCGUGACGUGCGCCGCUUGGGUGCGCUGCGGCGUUGCCAAGGAAACGCCGGACAAGGUGCAGCUCAGCGAGGAGGAGCUGAAGCGUCUCAUUGAGGAGGCCCAGGACAGGCUGGGGGAUGGUGCUGAUGGUAGCGAUGAAGGCCAGAUGGCAUAUGGCAUGAAUGUAGCCAUUCCUGGCCCAGCUAAGUCUUCUCAUAAAAGUGAAGACCGGUCUGAUGAUGAAUUGGAUGAAUACGAUUUGGAAAAUUAUGAUGAAGAGGAAUACACAGGUGAUAUAAAACUUGGAGACUCUUUGGCUACUCUGGCAGUAUAUGGGAGUAAUGAUCAUGAUCCUUACAUCACUCUAAAAACCACUGAUCAAUAUGAACAGGAGGACUUUUUGAUUAAGCCCAGUGACAAUCUUGUCCUUUGUGGCAGAGCUGAUAAAGACUACUGUAGUUUGGAGGUCCAUGUUUAUAAUCAUGAAGAGAACUCAUUUUAUGUACAUCAUGAUAUUAUCUUGCCUGCUUACCCUCUAAGUCUGGAGUGGUUGAAUUUCGAUCCUAGUACCGAUGAAUCACUAGGAAAUUAUGUUGCAGUGGGUAACAUGACCCCAGUUAUUGACGUUUGGGACCUUGAUAUAGUAGAAUCCUUAGAACCAGUAUUUUCUCUUGGAGGCAAGAAAGAGAAAAAGAACAAGAAGAAAGGAAAGAAAGUAAGGACAGUGAAAGGACAUACUGAUGCUGUGCUUGAUCUUUCAUGGAAUAAACAAAGCAGGAACGUUUUAGCAAGUGCAUCUGCUGACAACACUGUGAUUCUGUGGGAUAUGUCUGUGGGUAAGCCCGCAGCCAGCCUCACGCUACAUACAGACAAGGUUCAGACAGUGCAAUUUCAUCCAUUUGAAACUCAGACCCUUAUUUCUGGAUCUUACGAUAAAUCAGCUGUGCUGUAUGAUUGCAGAAACCCACAAGAUAACCAUCGAAUGUGGCGGUUUAGUGGUCAGGUCGAAAGAAUAACCUGGAAUCAUUUUUCACCUUGUAAUUUCUUAGCAAGCACAGAGGAUGGCUUUGUGUACUGUCUGGAUGCUCGUUCUGAUAAACCACUGUUUACUCUGAAAGCUCAUGAUGAAGAGGUGUCAGGGCUACAACUAAGCAGUCAGAUAAAAGGGUGCCUUGUGACAUCAUCUACUGACAAAUACGUGAAAAUUUGGGAUAUCCUGGGAGACAGACCAAGUUUAAUCCAUUCCAGGAAUAUGAAAAUGGGUGUUCUCUUCUGUGCAGCUUGCUGCCCUGACUUCCCAUUUGUUUUUGCCUUUGGAGGAGAGCGAGAAGGGCUGCGUGUUUGGGAUAUAAGCAAGAUUUCUGCAGUGAAUGAAGUUUUUGGAAACAGAGAGAGACUUGUUCUGGCUAGUGCCAACUCUGUGGCUUGCAGCUCCAUGGCCAGCAGUAGCAGCAACGAUUCGGAAACAGCAAUGGAAUCGUGAUGGACUGAACAUCACAAAAUCAAAGUAAUUAAUGGGACUACAACUAAUGGGCAUUCUACAAAUCCCUGUUUGGUGAGAGUUCAUAGAAAUUAUUCUAGUGUCUUGCAAUCUGCAGGCUCCUUCAUCUCAGACAAAGAAACGUGGUGAUGGGGUUAAGCUCUAAGUCAGCAGUUCUAAGUUCCUGCCUCUAUUACUGGCUUUGAAAGACUAAAUCACUUGCUUUUGCCUUAGCUCAUGAUCCCUGAAACAGGGGCUACUCUGUGUAAAGUUGGUAUCUAAAAUGAACAGUCAUUAGAGUUUGUUGAAUACUGCAAAAAGGGAUAAGGAAAAAUACAACAGUUGUUGUGUAACAACUGCCAACAGGUGUGUAAUAAAUAA